AUGGAUGAUAGAAACCCUAGUCUUCCAAUCAAGCACAACAACCUCAUCCCGGUCGAGAUAGCUCGACAAAUUACCUCCAGGGGCAAAAUUGUAAAUCAAGAAGCACUCCCCUCGAGCCUUGGACCGACAGAACCCUUUGAGCUCCACCAGAUUCUCAAUUUACUCUUCCCUAAAAGGUUCGCCUCCGAGAAGUGCUGCGUGGCCGACUCGACCUCCUCGAGGUUGAACGAGUCUCUUCUGUGUGGGCCCCACACGCUCCGGCAGCGAUCGAGUGAAGUUGGGCCCACGCUACUGAGCUGGUUCCCAUUGGACGUGUCGGAUUUGUCCCCGACCUUCUGUUUCUGGUGGCGGUGCCGGAAAAAAGCGACGGCAGCGGCCACCGCCAGCCUGAACGAGGUGGCGAUUAGGCCCGAGACGAGCCCGAUCUUGGGAAGCUUUGAUGGGGUCUCCGAACAGAUGGUCUCGUUGCAGACUAUGGCGAAGGCAGCCGAUUGA